AUGAGCGAGUGCGAUAAUCUACAAAUCGGUAAAGAAUUUCUCGCUAGUCAAAAUUGGCCUUUCACGUUAUGUAAUCCUUCCUAUGAUCGAUGCUAUUGCAACAAAUGUUAUCUAGCAACUUAUAAAGACGUGUAUAAUGUCGCCGGUCAAUUGUAUAUUAUUCCGCGAGGAUGGACUCGCUUUGGCAUACGCGCCGAUGAGCCCUUUGCGAAACACCAUGACGUCUGGAAAACAUGGGCAAAUUGUUAUCACGGAACGAGUAUUGAACGUGCGAAAUCGAUUGUCGAACACCGACAACUACUGUUACCUCGGGAUAUCACAUUGGAUGGCAAAACAUUAGAAAUACGUGCUGGACAUAUUCCAGAAGAAUGUUAUCUAUUUACGACACCUACAAUAAAGUAUGCUGCUCUUAGUUGUUAUACUGAGACAUACACAUUUACAUUCAUNGAUAUCACAUUGGAUGGCAAAACAUUAGAAAUACGUGCUGGACAUAUUCCAGAAGAAUGUUAUCUAUUUACGACACCUACAAUAAAGUAUGCUGCUCUUAGUUGUUAUACUGAGACAUACACAUUUACGUCAGCAAAAACAAAUAAACGGUAUAAGAUCAAAGUCGUGCUUCAGUGUAAACAAAAACAAGAUUCAUUCGUCGUUCAAGGUGAAACAGUGGGCGCGCGUCGACGACAAGUUACGAUAUGCCCACAUGUACCAAACGAGCAGAUUGAAUGGAAAACAAAGCAACGAUCGGCUGUGAUGCCAUACGGACUGUUACUACAAAUACUUCCCGAUGUUGGCAAAACCAAUCCACCGGCACCUCCAGCACAGACUCAAGUACAAGCUCCAGCUCCACCUCCACCUCCUAGUGAAGAACCAACUGGGAAAGGAAAGACACGCGAGAUUACUUGUCCUAAUUGUUCACAAGUGCACGUGCUCGACGAUAGUAAUUUCAAAGACGGAAACUUCAUUACGUGGGCGUGUAAAGCUUGUAAGACAGUAUUCAAACAAUUUAACUGUCCACAUUGUUCCGGUGUGAACAUCUGGAAAGAUUCCGACUACAAAGAAGGUAGAGUUUAUAAUUGUUCACAUAAGAAUUGUAGGAAGAAAUUUCAACAAAUUAAUUGUCCGCAUUGUACCGGUACUAUUUUGUGGAGUGAUGUUGAUUACAAACAAGGCAAACUAUUUACAUGUCCGUAUGAAAAUUGUAAGAAAACGUUUCAGCAAGUCAACUGUCCACAUUGUCAUGGCUCAAAUACAUGGAAUAAUGGCACUUAUAAAGAAGGACGAAUCAAUACUUGCGCAUACAGCAAUUGCAAGAAGACAUUUCAACAAGUUAAUUGUCCACAUUGUGCGCGUUCGAUUGUAUGGAAAGAUACGAAUUAUACAUUAGGAACACCUGCAGUGUGCCCAUAUGAAGACUGUAAAAAAACAUUUACAAUAAAUCCUCAAUAA